AUGUCUAGCAAAAGCCUGAAUUCAAAAUUCAAAUUUAUUUACAUUGAAGGCAACAAUUCUAAAGAUGACAGCUUAAAGCUGAAACCGCUCACAUCUUUCAGGUUCAGCAGCCAACAAGAAACUCCAAAAACAGCUCGGCUAAAACGUAAAAACGAGUUUCUUCUGUCUCCUACCAAAAUCAGCCCUCGAAAAACCUCCAGCAACCUUUUUCUUGACAAAAAUCUGCUGACAAGCAGAUCUAACCUGUCAAGCUCAAAAGAAGUCGAAAACCUUUUUAAAGAAUGAGAGAGCAAGAAAAACACGCUAAGACUAUCAUUUAAUUUAACCCCUCAGGUAGGGACUGUGACUCCUUCAUCAAAAUCUUCGACAAUAAGGAGGUCUAAGAAAUCAAAAACAUCAAAUCCGCUGCCUUAUCUUCCAAUAAUUAAAAAAAGCUUUGUUACAGGGAUUGCCUUAAAAUAAUCCUUUGCGAAUUAGAGCUAUUUUAAUAGAAAAAAUCCCUUAAAUUUGAACUAAAUAUCAGUAAAAUUCCUAUUUUUGGGUAAAAAAAAUUGGCUUAGGCGUUUUUUUAUUACAGCCGCAGGGAUCCCAACUGAAAUUGAUUUAUCAUACCAGUUAGCUGACGAGACCAAAAAAAUUGACUCAAGUUUCAAUGCAAAUGAAAACACCCAAAAGGUUUUAACGAAUACUGAAGAUAUUACAAGGAAGCUUUUACAAGAAAAAGAUGAAUUUUGCACUGAUUAUGUGCAAGAAGCAUUAAUGUCUCAAGAACUGAAAUUGCAGUCUAUUAAAGAAAUUCGGGAUAAAAUACAUGAAGAAUUAGCUUAUAAUGCCCAAUUAGAGCCUACUAUAUCGGUAGACAAAGAUUUUGGGGAGAUUUUUAAAGGGUCAUUAAGCUGCGACGACUUAAGAUUUAUUGAAAAAGAGUAUUUAAAGCAGCCAGAAAAAAGAAAUUACUUUAAACUUGCUUGUGUUUUAAGCAAGUUAAGCUUUUUUGGAAAAUUCAAGCCAGAAAUAUGUGUGGAGUUGCUGAAAAAAUGCAAAUUUAAGUCUUAUAAAGCUGGGAAAACAAUAGUUAGGCAAGGCGAAAGUGGGGAAUACAUGUUUGUGAUUAUUUAUGGAAGUGUGGAUAUUUUAAAAAAAUCGCCAGAAUUUGGGAAUUUAGAAAUAAAAAUCCACUCUAUGUAUGAUGGCCAAACGUUUGGGGAAAGGGCUUUAUUAGCUACUAAUACUGAUAACUCUAAAAGAGCUGCAUCCUGUAUUGCUAGUGAAAAAACAUAUGCAUUUUCAGGCUUCCCUAUAAUUUUCUCUAUUAAAAAUAAAAAAAAAUUAUUUAUUUUAUUUUAGCAUAUAUGAUAGCAAUCCCAAAAGAUGAUUAUCGCCUUAUAUUUCAAGAACAAUUACAAGUUGGUGUCCAAAUAAAAGUUGAUUUUUUUAAAAGUCUUAACCUUUUUGAAGGGACUGAAGCUUUAGGACUAAUCCCUCUCGCGACCAAUAUUGAGCCUCGAACUUAUGGGCUAAAUGAAAUUAUAUUGGAAAAAGGCAUGAAGCCUAAAGGUUUAUAUGUAAUUUAUAGUGGAAUCUGCACAGUAUUUUGAGAAGGAUACAGCUGUUUACCGAAAUUUCCGACUGAAGCUGUAAGUCCAAAAUUAAAAGCAAAAAUUAUUAAACCAUUUUUAACUGGAAAUAAUGAUAUGAAUGUUAGGGCUGAUUCUGUGUGGAAAACUGUAGAAAAUUAUAAGAAAAAACUGCUUUAUAGGGCUAUAGAUUUGUCAGAUACUGAAGAAGUAAAAAAAGCUGAAGAAUUUUUUGGAGAAAAUGUGAUAGAAUUGUCCAAAAAGAAUCAUAUUUUUAAAGAGAGGCUUGAAAUUAAUAUAGAAACUAAUAUCAUUAAAACUAUUCAGGAAUUAAGCCAAAAAAUAUUUUUAAUUAAAUAAAUAAGAAUAUAUUAAGGGUUGGAGACUUUUUUGGAGGGAGAAUAUUAUUAAAAACACCUAAUAAAGAUAUAGACGAUGUUGAUAAUAUUGAUGUAGAGCCUGCAAAAUUCAGCGUAAUUUCAAACUCACAUGGGAUGAAAAUAUUUAUUUUAAAUCAGAAACAUCUAGGAUUAUUGUCAGAAAAUUCGAUUGUAAGGUUUAUGUAGCUGUAUUUAAAAGCUUUAUUGAAAAAUACAUAUGAAAUUGAUUGUCCAAGAGAAUGGACAACUGAUGAAUUGCAUGAUGGGUUUAAAAAAUGGCAGAGCUAUAAGCAAGGACUGGUCGCUGAGAUACAUAAGGAGGCAUAUUUCAAUAAUAGAAAUGAAAGGAUGCAUUUUGCAAAACAGUAG